AUGAAUAACAUACCGCCCUCGAUUGGUUUCCCCACAUCCACGGAGGAUGUCAGCACCCUUGUCAUGGCGACUGACACUCCUCCGUCCGCUACUUCUUUUGCACCCAUAACUUCGACUUCGCUUCCUACUCCAGCUUCUACAACCCCAACCUCUUCAGAAAGCAGUACGAUCAAUGGCCCCGAGGGAACGGCUGGUGCGGUUGGCUUGAGAGAUCAUUCCACCAACCAAAGGGGCCUCAGCACACCUCAAGUGGUUGGUGUCGCGGUUGCAGGGGCUGCAACUGUUCUUAUCGUACUGCUCAUGCUCAUGCUCGCCUUCUGUAUACGCAAGAGACGUCGCGAACGACGCCGCAGUCAGAGACGCUCGCGCAUUGCUGAGCCUACUCCGCCUCCAAAUUACCAGACUCCGCCAAAAAGCAGUCCUCCAGCUUUUGGGAAUGUGAAUUCUUCACUCACCGUCCCAAGUCCUCAGAGUCGUUUUUACGCUGCUUCUCCUCCAUUGGAGGAGAAACGACGAAGCUUCUGGCGAAGGAGUAUACGGCCCGAGGAGAUAGGCAUUGCCGUGUCCCCCAAAGUCCCCAUGGAAAGCUCACCUGCUAGCUUUACAUCUCAGCACAGUAGCUCACGGCUCUUAGCUUCAGCACCCGCCAGAGCUCUAUGGCCAGCGCCUCUCGAUGUCGAGGCGAGUCGGGAACGAAGGAGGCUUUCUCAGAGGCCAACGAGCGAUGCUACUGUCUUUGACAACGAGCCACAAACCAGACUCGCUGACUCAGAACCAAUAUAUGUAGAUAAACAGCCAUUUAUUCUGGAAAAGCCUCCUCCAGCCAAGCGACGGCAACAGGUACCUCCAGCUCCCUUGAAACUACCUGUGGUACCUCAAUAUCCGCCUAGGCAGGCAUCGAAAGCAGCGCGGAUUCCGCUGACUCCAACUUACGAUGAUGGAAACAUUAGCGUUAAUACCCUCCCGCAAAGCUACCGUUCGCCACCGACCCAUACCACUAGGACCAGGGACCUGCCGCAGACAGCAACCCAAAUCCCCUCCCAGGUGCCAGAACACGAAUUGCCCCUUUCCUCGAUUUAUGGUAAACGAAACGUCUUACGGAAGGAACCUCCUGUUCAAGGUCCUGUUCGGCUAGCUCAUGACCGACCUAGACAGAUUGCAGUCCAAGCAGCUGUGCAGCGUGAGAGAGAAGAUUCUGUCGCCUCCAUAUAUACCGAAAUUGAAGAAGAUACGCCUCCGGAAGAAACUGACAAGCAGUUGGGUCUGCAUGCAAUACCCAAGACACCGUCCGGCAUCAUGAAGAAUGGCCGUGGCAUGUUUCCAGGAGAAGAAAGUCCUAUCAAAGAUCUGCGAUAUCCCCAAAUCCCUCGAUCUGCAGCAUUUUCCCGCCACGCAGAACCUGCUUCACAGCCCCGGCCAAGCCCGAUCCAGAACUCCAACCAAAGCGGUCGACAUAUCAGAGAUCAGCUUGUCCGGGCAGGAGCUAGUUUCAUGCAGACAGAUACUACUUCUUCUGACGGGUACAUGUCCGAUGAGACCAUUGAAUGGCCACAGCCUCCAUUGUCCGAGACCGGUUCAAGGACAGGCACAGGUGGAUACCAAAAUACUUCCACCUCGGCUAUGGCCAGACUCAAAAACAACCCGAACAGCGGGAACAGGGGAAUGGCUUCCCCGAUAAAGAGCCUAUCAUCCCUGAAUGAGGCUCUGAGCUUGCAGUCGAGAGGAGUAAAGGUCCUUGACAUGCCAAACUCCCCUCCCUCUAAAGUGCGAUUGACACCCAGCAAGUCAAGCAAAGGAGACCUCUAUCUUACGGUGGAGAUCUAG